AUGGCGGCCGCGAUGGCGCCCGCGCUGGGGCCGUCGCCGUCCUCGCGGCGACUCGGGGCGACGCCGUCGACGCGCGCGAGGGUCGCGCGCGCGCGCGUCGCCGUCGUCGUUCGCGCGAGGAGCGGCGAGGGCGUCGACGAUCGGAGUGCUCAGUCACCGAUUCCGACCCCGAUCGACGGCGCCGCGGCGGGGGGCGAUCCCGCGCGCGUCGCGCCGCCGCGCCCGCGCGCGCGCGCGACCGUCGUCGGCACCGUCCUCGGCGCGGCCGCGUUCGCGGUCGCGUCGCGCGCGCCGAUCGCGCGCGCGGCGCCGCCCUCCACCGCGACGGCGUCGACGUCGACGUCGACGUCUCGCGCGCAUUCGCGCCACGACGAAUCGUCGUCGUCGUCGUCGUCGUCGUCGUCGCGCGGCGCGACGCGCGUCGCCGACCUCGCGAGCGCGCGCCCCGUGGCGAAGAAGAGCGGGCACCGCGGCGAGCUCUCGAACCCAACGCUCGAUCCGUCCUCGCUGUCGUGGACGUCGUUCGCGACCGCGGUGGAGGCGACCGCGCGCGAGGCGGAGCAAAAGCUCGCGACGCAGUUCUGGCUCUACCUCACGAUACCGGUCGUCGCCGGCGUCCUCAACUGGCUCACGAACGCGCUCGCGGUGAAGAUGAUCUUCUCCCCGGAGGAGUACGUCGGGCUGGACAUCAAGCGGUGGCCGGAGACGCCCGCGGGGUUCUUAGGGUGGCAGGGCAUCGUGCCGUGCAAGGUGCGGAAGAUGUCCGAGACGAUGGUGGACCUGAUGACGAAGCGUCUGUUGGACGUCCGCGAGGUGUUCGGAAGGUUAGACAAGGCGGCGUGCGGGGAGUUGUUACUCCCCGGCGUGGACGCGAUCGCGAGCGGGGUGGUGGGGGAUAUAACGGAGAAAGGGAAGGCGUUACACUGGGUGAAAAGCAGCGGCGCGUUGGCCGUCGCGGGAAAGAGCGCGUGGCUGACGAAGCGCGCCGCCGCGCUCGCGCGUCGGCACGGCGCGGAGCUCGUCGCCGCCGUGCUCGGGGAGAUGCAGCAGCGCGUGCCGGAGGUGUGGGACGUGAAGACGCAGGUCGUGGGCGCGAUGACGCGGGAUAAGGGCAUCAUCGUCGAGCUGUUUCAGCGGUGCGGCAGAGAGGAGUUCAUCUUCAUUCGAAGGAGCGGGCUGUAUUUCGGCUUUCUCUUCGGCAUCGUGCAGAUGUUCCAGUGGCUGCUGUGGGACCCGUGGUGGAGCCUCGCCGUGGGCGGCGCCGCGGUCGGCUACGCCACCAACUGGCUCGCGCUGACGCUCAUGUUCUCGCCCGUGAACCCGGUGCGGCUGCCGUUUGGGCUGACGCUCCACGGCGCUUUCCUGCGACGGCAACACGAGGUCUCGGGCGAGUUCGCGGAGCUCCUGCGGCGACGCGUCCUCACCGCGGAGCUCAUCUGGAAAGAGAUUCUGACGUCGCCUGGCACACGGGACGUGUUCAGGGACAUCCUGCGGCGGAAGACGAUGGACCAGAUGGAGAAGGCGCGCGCGUUCGACCCCGCGAUCGGGCUCGCCGCCGCCGUCGUCGGCUCCAAGUCGUGGAACGCCGUCGUCGACGCCGUCGCGACGAGGGUCGAGGCGGACCUCCCGAAGCACCUCCCGCUCGUGUACGCGUACAGCGACGAGAGGUUGGACCUGGAGAAGACGCUUCGGGAGAAGAUGCGCGGGCUGAGCGGGGAGGAGUUCGAGGGCGUGUUGCACCCGGUGUUUCAAGAGGACGAGCUGACGUUGAUUUUGGUGGGGGCGUUCUUAGGGCUGCUCGCGGGGUUCGCGCAGGCGAUUUUCGUGUUUUAA